AUGCAUCAUGCUCGAUAUCCAAACUCAAACGGCUUGCACUACAUUCUAGAAAUAGGGAUGAGACGCAAUUACACGCUGCAUUCCUCGAGACGCCGGGUCAACAGCAUCAUUGAUGACAACAUUUCUCUCCACGCACCGGUCCGAUCAACCAAUCUCGCCCGGGCGGAGUCGACCCGUUGGCUCUCCCUUGAGCCAUCACAGGAUCUGAAGGGAAGCCGAUCUUCAGGCACUGGCCGCUGGAACGCAACGGCCUCAGCGUCUUCGUCCGCGCCCUCCGUCUGCUACACCCAUCGGGAGGACGAGAGUCUAGCGGCGCGCUGGAAACCGUCGGCCAGCGCCAACGUCCAAGUGGCAGUGAAUAACAUGGCGCCGUCGAGUCACAGCAGCCGUGUACUGUUCAAGAUGGCUGCCCAAGGUACCGGUAUUCGCGGAGAAGCACAAUGUUGGGGCGCCACCGCACCAAUCCAGCGGACCUUGAUCUGUUGUUUCGACCACACUUUUCGCGUCUGCUUCUACGAUUCAAUGCUACCCGUUGGGGAUGAAGUAGAGGGCUGUUAUUAUGCUCUUGGCAUCAACUCGGAACUAGGUGAGAAGCGAAAUACACAUCAUGAUGCGAGACGCGUGCAUUCUUCAUGCUGGACGGACCCUGGCCAGUGCCAGCUCUGCAUUCUCAGCAGAACCACUGGCACUCGCCCCUGGUACCGAAGCCCGCUCAAUGUUGUCACAGCCAGGCUGCCAAGUCGCGUCUUCAAGGUUUAUGAGAAUAUGCGGAGACCACUUGCAGCCUUUGGACCAACCCUUGGAGCGCGACACGUUUGCAGCCUGGUGUCAUACCGAGUAUCGUCGCCCUCGCGCAACACAACAAGCAUCAUUGCACAGAACGUGCUCCAUGUCGAACAAGCUCAAGAGACCCCGCACAGGACCGCUGAAAAUACAGGGGAACGCAAGGAAUAUAGAAGUCCCGCGGAGGAAAUGACGGGUACAGGGGGAUACAGUGUAAUGGGGGAGGGGUCUGUCAAUUUCGUCUUCGCCGGCGACACCCCUCGAGGCCACAGCUGUCCGUACAGACGGGAGGCAAUGCUUCAGGCAGCUGAUGUCGACUCUUGGGGCUUCGCAACAGCCCACAAGUUCGUAUGGACGAGUCGUGCGUCUCGUGUUCGUGUCGCCCGCCGGAUCACUCUUCGCGUGAGAGCAGCACUUUUGGUACCCAAAGAAAACAAUCCCCUUUCCUGGUGCCCGUUGCCGUUGCCCACCCCCCUCCCCCCGGUUACGCUCCCUUACCAUAUUGCGUACUGUGUACUGUGUAGAGAAGAGAGAGUGAGGGAGACCGUCGACGGCGAGAGACCACGAAAAAUCGGGACGUCCUUGACCUUUGCCAGCACUUUACCAGCGACUACUUCGUUCGUUUGGUGCCUCGAGCUUUUCCCACCUUCAGCCUCGCCAUCCCAAGUCGCUGCUUCUGGCAAUUUGUACAUCUCCUUUCGUUUGGGUUUCGGCCAAUCUCCCUGUUUACCUACUACUAUCACGACUAAUCUGAGCUCUUUGACCGUUAAUCAACAUCUCAAGACUCUUCUACACGACGAACAUCGAACCCCCUUUGACUAA